AUGAAUGUGCACCAUAUUCCCAUCUUCUUCCUCCUACUCUUGAGUUCGUUCUGCAAAUCCGAUGAUCAGCUCACACGGGCAAAACCGCUCACCCACGGCGACACACUCAUCUCCAAGAGCGGGAACUUUGCUCUCGGCUUCUUCUCCACAACCAGCUCCAACAAGAGUUUUUACCUUGGCAUAUGGUACCACAGCAUCCCUGGCCCACGCACCGUUGUGUGGGUCGCCAAUCGAGACAACGCAAUCACCACCCCUUCAUCUACGAUGCUCUCCAUCACCACCAGUUCUGAUCUGGUGUUGUCUGACUCCAAAGGCCACGCUAUUUGGAGGGCUACAAGCAGUAUCACCACAGGAGGGGCGGAAGCUUACGCUUUGCUACUCAACUCAGGGAAUUUCGUCCUCCGAUUGCCAAACUCCACGGACGCCCAUGCCGUCGAGCGGCUCAUUGCUUGGAAGGGUCCGGACCAAAGUUCUCUGGGGAUUUUCUCAUGCGGUGGCGACCCUAGCUCGCCGACCCUUCAGAGGCUAAUAUGGCAUGGGACCACGCCAUAUUCUCGCAGCAAUUUGGUUAAUGGCGUGUCGGUGUCCGGCGGCACAUACCUCAGCAACGCCAGCUCCAUUGUGUAUGAAACAAACAUCAAGCUGGGCGAUGAGUUCUACUAUAUGUUCACUGUCUCUGAUGUCCUGUUUGAGAGGCCCAAAGCUGCUUGCGACGUCUAUGCCUCAUGUGGCCCAUUCAGCUAUUGCGACCUCACUAGUACUGUCCCGGCAUGCAAAUGCUUCGAUGGGUUUGAGCCUGACAGUCUUAACUUUUCAAGCGGUUGUCGGCGAACAGAGGACCUGAAUUGUGGCAAGCAAAGUCAGUUCAUAACUUUGUCUGGGAUGAAGGUCCCUGACAAGUUCUUACAUUUAAAGAACAGAAGCUUCGAUGAGUGUGCCGCCGAGUGCAGCAACAACUGCUCAUGUACGGCGUAUGCUUACGCCAAUUUGAGCAGUGGUGGUGCUAACGAUGACCCGACAAGGUGCUUGGUUUGGACAAGGGAGCUUAUCGACACAGGAAAGUCGACUAACUCUGGCGAGAACCUGUACCUUCGCCUUGCUGAGUCUCCUGUUGACAACAGCAGUUCACUAAAGGUUUUACUCCCGAUUAUAGCAUUACUGUUGUUGCUGACAUGCAUUGUCCUCAUCUGGACUUACAAAUUCAGAGGCAAAAGUACAGAAUUUCCAUUUAUUAGCUACAAAGAGAUCCUUUCAGCAACAAAUUUCUUCGCUGAUUCAAACUUGCUUGGACGGGGAGAUUUUGGCAAAGUUUACAAGGGCACAAUGGAAGGUGGAUAUGAGGUUGCUGUGAAAAGGCUUAGUCAGGGUUCUGGUCAAGGUAUUGUGGAGUUCAAAAAUGAAGUAGUUCUAAUUGCGAAACUGCAGCACAAAAACCUAGUCAGCCUUCAUGGGUGUUGCAUUCAGGAAGAUGAGAAGUUACUGAUCUAUGAAUACUUACCUAACAAAAGUUUGGAUGCCUUCCUUUUUGAUUUUGGUAUGGCACGAAUAUUUGGUGCAAACCAGAAUCAUGCAAACACUACUAGGGUUGUCGGGACAUAUGGUUACAUGUCACCUGAAUAUGCGAUGGGAGGUGCAUUUUCUGUUAAAACAGACACAUAUAGCUUUGGUGUUCUUCUCUUGGAGAUUGUUAGUGGCCUGAAGAUCAGUUCACCUGAGCUCAAAACAAAUUUUUGCAGCCUUAUAUGUCAGGCGUGGAGACUAUGGGAAGUUGGAGAAGCAACUGAACUAGUGGACUCUUCUAUUGUCGUUAAUUGCUCACUUCAUGAAGUUCUACGGUGUGUUCAUAUCGGACUCUUGUGUGUUCAAGACCAUCCCAACGAUAGGCCACUAAUGUCAUCGGUUAUGCUUAUGCUGGAGAAUGAAAACACGCUUCUUCCAACUCCAAAGCAACCCGCCUAUUUUGCUCUAAGUAAUCGUGAAGGUCAAGAAGCAACAGAUAACAUGGAGAACUCUAUAAAUGCAAUUAGCAUCACAGCCUUGGAGGGUCGUUAAAUGUUGUAUAACUUUGUGUGUGCGGAUAUUAGUAUACUCUCCUUGUGAACUAAACUUUGCAUAAGCCGGUUGUGUAGAAUACUCGAUGUAAUUUUUAUUAUAUUUGUGGUGCUUUGUACUACUUCUUAAGUACCUGAGUGUUUUUUGGCAAAAAAAAGUGAUGGCCUUCCUUCAGGAGUUGCAAGUGGUCUAGAAUUGGUACAGGAGAAAGAAACCAAAGCUGCAGAGAGCCAGGGACCAAGAAGAACUCAGGGGCGACCUCUGAACUUGAUGAGUAACUCAGCUCGAUCAGGCAAGCAUGGGGCCUAAGUUAUCGGGACUUUGAAGAGCACAAGCGAUGAACGCCGGGCGCAUGGUUCAAU